GCGUCACUGUGUGAAAACUCAAACUGCCUCCGACUGCACGUAGUUUUCAGCUGGAUGAGGAGGUGAAGACAUGGCACCGACGCUGUUCGACAAUGAUCCGAAACCUGGUGACCUGAUCGAGAUCUUCCGCGGGGCGUACAAGCACUGGGCCAUCUACAUCGGAGGGAACGAAGUGGUUCAUCUGAUUCCUCCACCGAACCCGGCUGCCGACUUGGGGGCUUUCGGCGAGCUGCUGAUGCUCUUCGACAGCAGCACGGCGACGGUGAGGCGUCAGAAGAUCUGGGAGGUGGUCGGUUCCAGCCGCUUCGAAAUCAACAACCUCCUCGAUGACACGUAUCAGCCCCUCGAGCGCCGCGUCAUCGUGCGAGACGCCUGCAGGAUGGUCGGUCGGCAGCUGCCGUACAACGCCGCCACCUACAACUGUGAACACUUUGUGACAGAGCUGCGGUACGGCGAGGCCGAGUCGCGGCAGGUUCAGACAGCAGCUGCGAUUGGAGGUGUGGCUGUAGCUGGAGUUGCCAUCGCAGCAGUUUUGGGCGCCGCUCUGUUUUCCGGCUUAAGCAAAGACGACGACAAAAGAAAACAUCACAAGUGAGACGUCAGAAAAACAUAAAAGCAUCGCCGUAGUUUGAGUCGGUCUACCUGGCAGCGAUUGGAGCUUAAAAAUGAAAAGUCCUUCAUGUCUCUGUCUAAAAAGACAUUUCAAAAGAAAAAUGUGUCCUUUACUCCUUCUGAUAUGAUUUAUUUGCGAUAUAAGACAAUUCAAGUUUUAUUAAAUCUAUAAGCUGUAAAUAGAGAAAAGUGUAAAUAAACCAAAAAAAAUAAAAUGUAUAGUUUUACUGUGAUAAUUAGUAAAUAAAAAAGUAAGAAAAUGUG